AUGUUUAUAUUAUUAAUUUAUUAUCUGACAGGAAUAAUAAUAAAUGAAAAUCAUCGUAUUAAUAUUAAAUUUCUAUCAAUCACUGGUGAUUCACCAGCUUUAAGUAAAAUACUUAAUUUUAUUGGACACGGUGGUUACUAUUGUUGUAAUUUCUGUUAUACACGUGGAAUUUCAAUUCUACAAGAUAUACUUGAUGUAUCAUUACCAUAUGCCAUAUUAAUCGAUUAUCAGCAUGUAAGCUUAUUGAGACAUACAAAAACUGUUUUGAAGGCAAUUUAUAAACAACUUAAACCAUCAGAUCGUGAACGAUUUGAUAAUAAAUUAAAAUAUCAAUCAUUUCCACAUUUCUUCAAUCGUCAAAUGAAACCUUUUAAUAAAUUUUCUUUUAUAAAAGCAGUAGAAUUACGAAAUAUUCUAUUCUAUGGAUUUUUACCUUUAUCAUUUGAGUUUAUUAAUAUUCAACAACUCGCUCAUUUUGCUUUAUUUAUUUGUUCAAUUAGGUUGUAUCACUCACAGCCUCCAAUGUUUGGUGAUAAAACACAAGCAAUAGCUGAUAAACUAUUUGAACAAUAUUAUAAACAUCAUAGAAUAUUUUAUAGUAAUAUUCAAAAUUAUGUACUUCAUUUACAUCGUCAUUUUGGUACACAAUACCGAAAUUAUGGUUCAUUAGCGAAUAUUGGUUGUUUCCAUCAAGAAGAUCAAAUAGGUCAUAUAAGUAAAAAUAUUCAUGGUUCGAAUUAUUAUUCUGAUCUUAUAGUACAUUAUUAUUCUAUUGAUUUUUAUUUACACACACAAAUUUCCCAUACAGAAUACAAAACAAUUUCAAAACCAAUAGACCUCAAUGUUGAUAUUAUUAUUUAUGAUUAUCCUAUUAUUAUACAACAUCAUAAUAAAAUAUGUACAUGUUUAAAUCCUUUAACUUGUAUCUCUAUUUAUCGACGAUGUGUUAUACAUAAUAGGAUGUUUCAUUCAUUAAUUUAUAACAAAAGAGGAAAAUCAAAUAGUUAUUUUAUAUCGUAUAAUAAAUCAGCAAAUGAUUGCAUUAAAUAUUUCGGAAGAAUUAUAUUAUUUUUUUCAUGUAUCAACAGAAAUUAUGCUAUCGUUCAACGUCAUAUACAAAAUCAAAAUAUCAGCUAUUUAUUUAGAACAUCACCAUAUUUUUUUUUAUUAGAAAAACCAUUAGAUAAAUGUUUUAUUCUAUUGUCGAAAGAACCAUCUGAUUUAUUUGAUGUUAUUAAUAUUAAUCAUGUUAUAAAACAUUGUAUUACAUUUGAGUUUCAACAACAAUUAAUUGUAACAGAAGUUUCUGCAUACCACGAACACGAUUAA